CUCACAGCUUAGCUGUCGCCAAGCCGGCACCAUCGGCAUGUCCGACAGCAUUUCCGCGUUCAGAAAAUCGGCGUUGAAAUUCCACCCUGACAAGAACAAGGACAAGGACGCGGGUGAAAAGUUCAAGCAAGUUGUGUGCUAUGCCUUCGUGGAUGACGACGCAGUUGAUGCAAAGUCAAGCUCUUGUACCUUUGCUACGAAGUUCAAUGAAGGAGCUAAGAUCUUCCAGGAGCCAGAGAAUGGAAAAAGACGCUCGAGGAGGUCAUUGAGAUGGACCACCAUCAAAUCCUCGGCGUUGCGAAAACAGCGAGCAAGGCUGACAUCAAGCGUGCGUUCAGAGCAUUGGCGUUGAAAGUCCAUCCUGACAAGAACAAGGACAAGGACGCAUCUGAAGAUUUCAAGCGGGUGGCCGAGGCGUACUAUGCCCUGAUGGAUGACGAUGCGAAGUCAAACUCCUCUGACUCUACCUUCACUACGACGUUCUACCAGGAAGGCAGAAACUG